CCAGCUGACUGGGCAGCCCUGACAAGCAGCAGUAGCAGCAUCCGCCAUGGCAGCGGCAACAGUCGAGCGGCAGACUCGAUGCAGCAGAGCCAGAUAUUCUGGCAUUACGUAUACGCCCAGUCUACGUCGAGUUGGCCACGUGUACGGACACGCGGCGCGGUUCCUUUUUUCCGGUGGCAUCACAUUCGUUACCAACAUCUCACUACCAAAACUUCGCGAUUUGGUGUUAAUAAUAAACAGACAAGAAAGGAUUCUGAUAUGUUUAAAGUUUAUUUUUCUUUAAUAUUUGAAUAGAACCUGUUUUUUUGGUUUGUUUUUUUUUUUACAAGUGCAAGUGAAUGUGUGUGUGCAAAGUGUGCCGGCUUGAAAAUGCGCGCCAAAAAUUGAGAAAUUUUCACAAAGCGCAGCGGUAACAAAAACAAGUAAAAACAACACUUUGAAAGCGACCGAAGGAGAUAAACAUGAAUAGUAAUAUAUAUGUAUAUAAAUUAAAUAUAAGAACAAACUUACAUUUAGGUUGCAGUUUUACAAUGUAAUCAAAUUGCUUCUACGUGAUUUCCUAAAAUAACGAGUGUAUUUACCAACGUUGGCCAAUUAGAUAAUCUGAAGUGCAUAGUCAGGAUUCAGCGACAUUUUUGGGGAAAUUUAAAGACUGGAACUGGCAAAUUACAAAAUAAAUGGCUUAUGAUUCACAAACGCUCUGUUAAUCGUCUGGAUUUUUGCGUUACGUGUGGAGGACUCUUACUGCGAGCGGAAAGAGAGAAAGAGAGGGCGCCAGCGGGCUAGAGGGAGACGGAGACAAUAAGACUAAAGCUGGCAAACCUUACACAAAAUGCGAAGAAGAAGAAGCACUGGCAGCGCACAACAACCACAGCAGCGGCCACACGACCAGCAACAGCAACAAAAUCAAAGGUUAAUCCCCGACCCACGCUGUUCGCUGCUAAUGUUGCUAAUUGUUGGCCAAGCAGUUUACGCUUCUGCCGGCAGUGAGCUAAUCGCCAAUCGUUCGACGUCAACCGUAGAAACGCUGACAAUACCGCCCGGCGACCGCCCAUUGAACUUUACCCCUGUCACGCCCCCGCCGGUCAGAGGAUUUUCCAGCCCCUUUCGAGAAGAGGAUGUGGCCGAGGGCGAGGGGGAACUGGGCGCCUGGGGAGAGGAGCGGCAUGCCAUGACCAUUUCCCGACCGCCGAGGGCGGGACGCAGCGAGCGACAGGCGGAGGAGGACCAGGUGGACCGCUGUCGGCUGUUCGUCGAGGGCGAUCCCACCAAGAACGAGCUGUACAGCCCCGAGUAUCCCAAUCUCUAUCCGAAGAACAUCAACUGCACCCGGGUGAUAACAGCGCCAAAGGGACAAAUCAUACGCCUGGACUUUCGCAACUCGUUUAAUAUCGAGGCCAAGGAGGAGUGCAAAUUUGAUUUUCUCGAAAUACGAGAUGGCCAGUACGGCUUUUCGACACUGAUCGGCAAAUACUGCGGCACCGAUUUUCCGCCAGAGAUCACCUCCAAGGAGCGCUACCUGUGGCUGCACUUCCACUCGGACGAGACCAUCGAGUACACGGGCUUCAGUGCCGUCUACGAGUACAUGGACCGGAAUCGGGAUGCGCCCAGCACGGAUCUCAACUGCACCAUCGACAAGGACGGCUACGAGGGUUUCAUCAACUCCACGGAUGUGCCGGCUGACAUCCGGGAGCAGGUUAUCCGCAACAAAAUCGCCUUAGACUGCAUCUGGCGCAUUCAGGUCAAGGAAAACUGGAAGAUAUUUCUCAAAUUUCUGGACUUCAAGCUGAGCAAGCCGAACGAUUGCGAGACCAACUUGGACAUUUUCCCCGAGCAGACGGUGAUGCCAUUGAGGGUUAAGAACUUUUGCGGUUCGGCGGGCGAGAGUAUUACGGCGGAGUCAAACAUCCUGCACUUGCGCUUUUACGCAGAUCAAAUCGCGAUUAACUCGACAUUCGGCAUUCUGUACACGGCGUUUCGAGACCGAGGAGCUGCCUGCACCGAGGACGAGUACGAUUGCGAGGACGCGACCUGCAUAUCAAAGGAUUUAAAAUGUAAUCAGCUAGACAAUUGUAAAUUUCGAUGGGACGAGGAGGGCUGUACGGGCGAGGCAGCCGGCCAAUCGGAGCAUGUGGUCAUCAUCGUGAUUGUGUUUGGCCUGAUACUCGGCGGAAUGGUCAUUACGUUCAUCGUCAAUUGCAUACGCAAGAUAAUACGUGAUCAGAAGAUAAUACGCGAGCACAUCCGGGAGUCGAAGGAGAGCAAGCUGGACGAGAUGGACCACAACUCGAAAGGUCGUUCGAGGGAGAACCUAUCCAGGCAAAAGCACUCGCAGACCUCACUGCAGAUCCUGGACGACGUCUCGAACCGGUAUUACCGCGAAGCGGUUCCACUCUCGACGCAGUCGAGCAAGGCGGACUUCAAGGAGAAGGAGCACAGCAUCCUGCGCCGCCAUGCGGACAUGACCCAAACCAGUCUCUGCGGAGUGGGCGAGGACGAUGGGGAGUCCAGCUCGACGACCACCGCCACCCACGAGCUGAUGACGAAGGCGGCCAUGUCGGCGGUGCCCUCCAAUGCCUGCGACAUGGGCUGUCAGACGAGGGAAUCGCUGUUUGUCAACAGUCCCGGAAUUGGACCGUCGGCGAGUGCGGGCGUUGGCGUUGGUGUUGCCGUUGGCUUGGGCUUCGCCGUUGCUCCCGGCGGCGGUGUUGCCACGCUAAUGAGACAAAAGUCCAGCUCCUCGUCGCUGGGCGGCCACAGCGGCAACGGGGGCGGGGCCAUGAUGAUGCCACCGCCGCCGCCCCGCUUCUUUUCCACCUUCGGCUAUGAGCCAUCGGGAUCGCCGGCUGUGGCAACGCUGACAAGGCGCAGCAUGCACCAGCAGCAGCAGCAGCAACAUCCGCAGCAACAUCCGCAGCAGCAGCAACAUCCACAACAGCAGCAACAUCACCAGCUGCCGCGCCAGGAGUCCAUGGAGAUGGAGGAGCGACACAGCGGCCGCUCGCACUACGGCGGACUGCUGGUGACCCCGACGGCCAAGCCGCCGCAGGAGAUCUGCCACCAUCAUCACCAGCACCAGCAGCAGCCACAGCAGCAACAGCAACAUGCACAGCAGCAGCAACAUGCACAACAGCAGCAACAGCAGCAGCGAAUGCACCAUGCACAUCCGCAUCCGCCGAGUAUUGCUGCCCGCCUGCCCACGUUGAAGGGACACGGGGCCAUGGGACAGACAACGAUCCUGCCUGGCGGCAACAAGCAGCUGCAGCAGCAGCAGCAUCAGCAGAAAAACGAGGAGUCCAAAGUGUUCAUCGACAUACGGAAUUCAGCACCAGACGUGAUUAUCAUGACGUCCCAUUGACAUUUAAGGAUGGCCCGCCAAUCAGCAACAACAACGGUAGUGAACAGGAGCAACAACAACAGCAACAACAGCAGCUACAACAACAGCAACAACAACAAAAACAACAACAGCAGCAGGAGCAACAACAUGAGCAACAACUGCAAAAGCAGGAACAACAACAUCAGCAACAACAACAUGAGCAACAACGGCAGCAACAUCGGCGGAAGGAGGAAGCGUUACAGCAACUGGACAUCGGCCAACAUAUUAACCGCAGCCGCAGCGUCGCUGAUGACACAACAAGGACACGAAGGCGGCGUCGCGUUGCAAUCAGACAAGGGGCUGUGCCACUGGUGUUUUUUUCGCCCACCCACCCACUUCGCCACUUUGACACACCCACCACCACCACCAUCAGCAUCACCGCCGCCCACAUCCGGCUUGCAUUCCGUUGCACUCGUUUCGCGCAUCCUAUCUUCCUUUUUAAAGUGAGGUGAACACGGUCUUUUAAACAGCUGCAGUUAAGAGUUUCUGUAAUGAAGACUCCAAACUUUUUCUGUAACCAUUUAUUUUGUUUCUUUUUGUGCUUUUUAAAGCGACACUUUAGUAUUUUAAUUGCCAUUUGGUAAAGCUGAUGUGAGGAGCAAGAUGUAUGUAUAUACAGUAUGUAUAUACAGUUGCGUUAAAUAUAAUAAUGGUUUUUAAAUUCCUUCACUGAAAUACAUACUUAUAGCUCAUUGACCUUAUAAAGUAUUUAAAAGUGUAUAUUUUAAAAUUGAAAUAUUUCAUUUUCAGUUAGCUCAGCUUUUUACAAACAUCCUUAAAUCAAUGAAUACAAUAGAAACAAAGAAUUUAAAUAGCUUAAAAUAUAUAAAUGAAUAUAAAUAGCAUAUUAAAAACAACGCAAGUUGUUUGUUUAUGUAUGUUUUUAAAACUAAGCCCUCUUUUAUGUUUUUUAGUGGAAGCUAAAAACAAAGUUAAGAUAUUUUUACUCCUAAAAUGUUUAUAUUUUUUGAUGGUUGAUAAAAUAUUUGAAAACUAUUAUUGUGGUCUUCACCGCAGCUGUAUAUAUAAACACAUAGGGGAAUCUUUAAGAAAAUGACAUCACUAAUCGAAUUCAGCAAGUUUCUAUAUACAUUUUUUUUUUCUAAAUUUUCACACUAAAUAUAUGUCAAGUUCCACCCAAAUUGGUUUUAAAAAUUGAAGCAAACGCCAAUUGCAGUUCCUUAAGACGAACUAAAACCGGCUAAUGGCUCGACAACGACUGGAGCUGACUGGGCGAGACAAAUGGAAGAUGUGUCGGUCCGUUGGCCUCGGCCAGCCCCUUUGCGAUAGCCAGGUCCUGUUCUGUUCUGUUCUGUUCUGUUCAGUUUUAGGGAAUGGAAAGGAAAAGCCGAAGAGUUGUUCCAGUUGUUGUAGCCCGUAGCCGGCGGACCGCAAUUGCUGGCGACAUUUGCCGGACGUUCUACGGCUGCGACAGCGGCAUUUUCAGCUCGAAAACAAUGCGAACGCAGGACACAAAUACGGAUACGGAUUUGGACGUGGAUGUGGAUGUGGAUGAGAAUGCGGAUACAAAUACGGGGGAGUGGUGGGCAGUGCAGACACUAAGCAGACCGCUGACAACGUGGCGUAUGAGCAACAUGUCCCAGAACAUUGUUAUCGGACUCCGAACACCCACCAUUCAACAUCGCACAGCGCCCAACCCACCUUGCCAUUUUUCCACUUUUCCUAUUUUCCCCAACAUGUUUGCAGCUUGGAAAAAUGUUGGACAGCAACUUCUUCAUUUACAUGCAUUGCGGACGUGGUCCAUUUCACGACGAUGUCGCGACCAGAGUCCAUCCAUCACGGGCACGUGCUCGAAGCUCCAUUUCGGGCUUGGGUUAUGGGAUUGGGUUUGGGUUUGUGCUUGGGCUUGGGUUUGGGUUCCGCCAACUCCCGCCAAGCAAUUUGGGCGAUAAUAGUUUUAAGUGAUUCGGGAGUGGUACACUCCGCUAGAUUUAUGAAACUCAAUUCUCCGCCCUAGUCAAAAGCCAACCCAAAUGCACCUUUUUUAACCCAUUAAUUGGCCAUGGUCGAGAAUUCAACCCGCGAUUUGUUACGCUUUUCUGAGCCAGCGAAAAGUUAUUAUUUUUAAAAUUACAAGCUUUUUUUCUGUGUUUGAGCUAUAAAAUAUAUUUUAAAAAAAAUUGAAAUCAAAUCAUCAUUUACCAAUUUUUAACAAAUGUAGAAAUCUAAAAAAAUCAAAAAAUGAUACGAUAUAUUAUAUUACUUUUUAUUCCGAUGAGUUGGCUUAUUCUCUUUAUUACAAAAUUGACAACUACUUUGGUGAAGACUAAAGCAAUUUAAAACCAAUUUUAAGCCAUGAUAAUUAAUUGAGUAAAUUGUCUCUUUUAAUGGAUUUGCAAAUUUUUGUGUUUUUCUGCGUUUAGAUUUUGUCUUCAGCAGAUUUGUUAAAGUACUCGGUACUGCAAAGUGAUCGCCAAACUGUCGUUGAUUUUCGUGCAGUGUGCAAUGGGUUAACGAAGCACCUUGGCAAUCUUUUUGGCUCAUCGGAUAUCUAAGUCCCUUUCAAUUAGAUAAAUUAGCUGGCCACAGAUUUCUCCGCACCUGAGAAAAGUUGUCCCCAGAACCGGGCUCUGGAAUCUGUCGGUCCGCAAUUAGCGUGGUCACCGUAAUGCGGUUGGUUUUGGGCUUGGGCAUUGGGUUGUGGGCUUUGGGUUUCGGUUGGCCGGGAUCAUCCCGGUGGUUUGAGUGGUCUGAGUGGUUCCGAUGGUGUAAAUAUUGUCGCAGCUGGCCAAAAAAAAAACGAGAGAGGGGGUGGCUGAUGCUGCUACUAAAAAAAAUAUAGAUGACGAUGACAAUGAGCGAGAAAGAGGGUGUGCAAAAUCCAUUUGAUUGAUUGAAUUUAAAGAGCAGCGACAGCCAAGCGGGAAAAUAGGGAAAAGCGGGAAAAUAACAAGACCGAUGUCUGAUAAUGAUAAUGGUGAUGAUGAUGGUGCAGUGCUGCAGCGUUUUUUUUUCCGCUCUAGGGAAAACUCAAAUCAUUAGAGUGAUUAAAGGUUGAAGCAGACAUGACAAGAGUUCCUUUGACUUGACUCGGACCCUCAUCUUCUUGAGUUCUCAAAUCAGUCAUGGCAAAUUCUUGGACUCUAAUAUCUGUUAUGAAUAAGAAACCUAGCCAAUUGUUCAUUAUUUUGACGGGGAUAAUUUACAUUUAAAUUUCUCAUUAGCUAUUUCACACCUCUAAUAUGCAUAUUAUGUGUUUUGAAGAACCCUUAUCAUCUUGAGCUCAAAAAUCAGGCAAGACAACCACUUUUAGAUACAAAAUAAUUGAUGAACAAAAUAUACAAAUGCUUAAAGCCCACAAAAUGAUUUUAACGGAAGGAAAAUGUUUCUCCAUUUGUGGCCAAUUUCUUAAACCUAUUAUGGAUAACAUUUGUUUCAAAAAACCUCGACUUUUCUGAAACCCACAAGCUGCUCUAACAUCCUGAAAAAAAAAAAAAAAUAAAAGGCAAACCAAAUGAAUUUAAUCAAUUGUAAAUUUAUGUUUAGGAAAUUAUUCACUACUCUAAUUUGUUAUUUCCUUUAAAAAUAAAGUUAAGGAUCAGGAAAUUAUGUUCGAAUCAUAGAAAAAUUCACAAUUCUCAUAACGACAUAAUUUCUUAAAAAUUUUAGUUAAGGGCACGGAAAUGUGUUACCGUUCCGUUUGUACAUAAAAGUAAAUAAACGUAAGAUUGUUUUUAGUCUUAAACUUAAACUACUUAUAAUUGUUAAAUGAAUUUUUUCGGUUUUGUUAUAACCCUGAGAACCUAGGGCACUUUUUUCUAGCUAAAAUUUAAGAUGAAAUUUAGCGAUUUUACUAAAAACAGCAUCAAGAAUCUAUACUAAUGAAAAACAGAAAACAAAAAAUUAAUGGAUUACAAUGUGUACUAUAAGUCAGCUAUGCCUACGAUUAAGUAAAAUGUACGAUAAUUUUUUUUUUAUAAAAACAUAUACAUAAAUACUUAAAGUAUCAAAAUGAACUACAGAGAAACCCAGCAAAAAAAUAUUUAAAAAACUUGUCUUUUUUUUCAAAAUGACUGCAAGCAUUGUAAUUGUAAAUUGUCGAGCGACAAAAAAAUGUAUACACAUACGAGCAUUAAUUAAAUACUUAAAAAAAAAAAUGAUUCGAUAUGUAUGGAUUAAAUGGAUACGGCGUAAGAGAUAGAGGAGCAGAAUUAUGAGUGAGGAUUUGUGAGUGUUUGAAUGCGUGUAAAAUAAGCCCCAAAGCGAUCGAAUAAAAAUUAAUUUUUGUGGAAAUGUGAACAA